AUGGCUUCUCUUCCGGUGUUGACCGUUCUUGACCAGCCUCUAGUAUCACCACCUCCUGCCACGGUAAGCGACACUUCGUUGCCCCUUACUUUCUUCGACAUUUUUUACCUUCGCGCGCCUCCGAUUCAUUUUCUUUUCUUCUAUGAUCUGCCACUUAGUACAACUCAAUUCACUGAUACUCUUGUUCCCAAUCUUAAACACUCCCUAUCAAUCACCCUUCAACACUUUUUCCCUUACGCAAGUAAUUUGAUUGUGUUUCCUGACCGAACUAGAAAACCAGAAAUUCGUUAUGUCGAAGGUGAUUCUGUCAAGGUUACUUUUGCAGAAUGCAAUCUUGAUUUCCAUGAUCUCACGGGAUACCAUCCCCGAGAUUGUGACAAGUUUUACCAUCUUAUACCUUUACUAGGAGACUGUUCUAAAAUAUCUAAUUAUGUUAAAAUCCCCGUUUUCUCGCUACAAGUUACGAUUUUUCCCAAUUGUGGUAUUUCGAUUGGAAUGAGUUUGCACCAUUGCCUCGUCGAUGCUACGACUCAGUUUAGUUUCUUGAAGGCAUGGACAUCGAUUGCUCGAUGUGGGACAGAUGAGUCAUUUUUAGCUAAUGGAACUUUUCCAAUUUAUGAAAGACUAGUAAAAUACCCGGAGCUAGAUGAAAUAUAUCUAAAGCGCGCGAAGCUUGAAGCUUUUAACGAAGACUACCAACUUCCAAAACUUUCGGGUCUAACUGAUAAAGUCCGAGCUACGUUUGUCUUAAACCGAACCUUCAUCAACCAGUUAAAGAAAUUCGUUACGAACAAACUACCAACAUUACCAUAUGUUUCAUCUUUUACAGUUGCUUGUGCCUAUACAUGGUGUUGUCUCGCAAAAUCUCGCAACGAUGAUCGCCAAGCAUUUGCGAUCCCCCUUGAUUGUAGGACGCGUAUGGAUCAACCCAUUCCAGCUGCCUACUUUGGCAAUUGUAUUUGGGGGUGUGUAGUGAUCGCAAAAACAACUCUUUUAACAGAUAAAGAAGGGUUCAUAACGGCUGCUAAGUUAAUCGGGGAGAACCUACACAAAAUGUUAACGGAUAAAGAUGGGGUGGUGAAGGAUAAACUACCGUUGGAAGUGAUGUUGUCUGACGGGAUACCAACAGCAAUAAUAUCGAUUGCGGGAACACCAAAGCUCAAACUUUACGACAUUGAUUUUGGAUGGGGAAAACCAAAAAAACUCGAGAGGAUUUCGCUGGAUUAUGGUGCAUCUAUAUCUAUUGAUGCGGGCAAAGAAUCCGACCAAGAUUUGGAGAUAGGCGUUUGCCUUACGGCUACUCAGAUGCAAGAUUUUGUUCGUGUCUUCAACCUUGGACUAGAACCCUACAUUUAGAUUUUCAUCAAACUGUUUCCGUUUUGUUUUAUGUAUUAUUCUUGUUAGAAUACCGUGGUUUUAUUGCUGUUGGGAGAAUUUAGAAAAUAUUAUUUUA